UUACAAAUUACAACCCAUUAAUAAGGCCUGAUAUCUCCGCUUGUCUCUCUCGCUGUCUGUCAGUCUGUCCCUCCCAUUUCUCCCAAAAAUGAAGGCAUCUUUGAAAGGCAGAUACGAACUACAGAAAAGCAACAGCCCAGCUGCCGCCGCCGCUACUAUCGCCUUCAACGCCGGCGAUGUCAAGCUCCGAGCUUCACUCACCGACGCCACCGUCGUCAACGGCCCCAGCUUAAACGGCUUGGCUCUAGCCGUCGAAAAACCCGGCUUCUUCAUCCUCGAUUACAACGUUCCCAAAAAGGAUUUUCGGUUUCAGUUCAUGAACUCGGUUAGGGUUCUGGAGAAACCGUUGAAUCUGACUUACAUUCACAGCAGAGGGGACAACAGGACCCUUCUGGAUGGGACAUUGGUGUUGGAUUCGGCUAACAAGUUGUCGGCCAAUCACACCCUUGGGUCGGGGAAUUGCAAGCUGAAGUACACUUAUGUGCAUGGAGGAGUGAAUACUUUUGAGCCGAGCUAUGAUUUGGCAAAGAAUUCGUGGGACUUUGCGGUAUCACGUAGGGUUUAUGAUGAUGAUGUGUUGAGGGCUUCAUAUCAAACGUCGAGCAACGUGCUUGGACUGGAGUGGGUGAGGAACUCGAAGCACCAAGGGGCUUUCAAGAUUUCAGCGUCUGUCAAUUUGGCUGAGGAAAAUAAGGUGCCGAAAUUAAUUGCUGAAAGUACAUGGAAUCUGGAGAUUUAAUUGUCUUAGAAUAUAUAUUCUUUAUUUUUCAUUUGCAUGUUGAAAUCUGUCAAGAUCAGACAAACAGCUUCUAAUUGGCUGCAAUUCAUGAAACUUUGAGCUUCCUUUUCCCUUGGACACUAUAUAUUUUUAUAAGUGAGCUGAAAUCCUGGUAAAUGCCAGCUCAGUGGCAAACUGGCAAUGAUUGUCAAACUGCUAGUUUUUCUUAUGAAAUAUGAACUUCUGGUCAA